ACUGGCCUCAGGAAAAGUUGCUCAAUGUUAAUGUUUGACAAGUAGGAAGAAGGGCCUUGGCCGCCAUAUCUCUCCGUCUUAGACAACACAACCGCUCGCUCUCAGUUCUCCUUCUACUUAAGAGUUUGUUUGCAGCUUUGUGAAAGAAUUGCAUAUUCAAAUCCGGAGGACAAACAGAAAAGACAUGAUGGAGGUGCUGGUGCUGAUCGACUUCGAGGGCACCAUGGGAGACGAGCUCACAGUGGGGAUGGGGGAUGUGGUCAAAAAUGUCACCAAGGCCAGCGAGGAGGGAUGGCUGGAGGGCGAGUUGAGAGGAAAGAGAGGGAUCUUCCCUGCCAACUUUGUCAAGGAGGUGCCGAUCUAUUUGAUGGGUGAUAUCAUGAGGGAACCACGAAGCAUUAGAAAAAGUACCCAAACGAAGAGGAUGAAACAGACCAGGAAAUGCGAGGUUGUGUAUGCCUACAACCCCAUGAAUGAAGAUGAGCUGAUGCUGGAAGUCGGGGAGACGAUAGAGAUCAUCAGAGAGAUUGAAGACGGAUGGUGGAUGGGUGUGAAAAAUGGCAAAGUGGGAGCAUUUCCGUCGAAUUUCGUCAAAGAGAUUUUCAUUUCCUCUAAAGAUGGCAAGCACAAUGACAGCAAGGCAAGACCCAAGCUCACUGAUGCGGUGUUCAAUAAGGACUUAUCUCAAAGGACAAGUGUGAGGAACAAAGCAAAACAUGUGGUGGAGUGUUGCCAAGUCAUGUUUGACUACAAGGCCAAAGCAGAGGACGAGUUGGAGAUGAAGAAAGGAGACGUUGUUGUGAUACUGAGCAAGGAAACAGAAGAUGAAGGCUGGUGGGAGGGAGAGCUAAACGGACGCUGUGGCUUCUUUCCUGAUAACUUUGUCAUGGUGAUACCACCAAUGGACAGUCUGCAAUCUGGGACCACAAGCCAACCACCUGCACGCAACACUGACAAGAAACUCUCAGUGAAGAUAGAGGCCUCAGCAAUGGAGAAAGGUGGUCCAAUAAAGACAAAGGAUGAUAAACCAGAGGUUAAGGACCUGAGAAGCAAUCCUCCAACCAAAGUCAAGCUGCCAAGCAUCAUCAAACCCAGCCCACCUCCAAUCAAAGACAAACCUAACAAGUUUUCGCCCAAAACCAAUGGCGAUGUGGCUCAUGUUACACCAAAGCAACCAGAGGUGAAAGAGGCUGACCAGUUUGAUGGAGUGGAUCUGCAGACUGAAAGGUUGAGUCAUCCCACAGCAAACAGAGCCAAACCCCCGCAGAGGAGACCACCAUCGGGCCUGGCCGCAGCAGCCCACGCACAGAAUGCGACUGACCAGACAGAACCAGAAUUAUCACCAAAAAAGAUUCAGACAGAGAAGUUACCCGGCUGGCAAAAGGGGACAGAAAAUCUCCUGCCAUCACCUGCGAAGCCUGAUCAGCGACCCAAGACGCCACCUCCAGUUCGACCAGCACCACCCAAAGUAGUCGUGGAUGGCAAAACUGUCACGCAUAAAGAAGAACCAACUAUGGAAAGCGUGCAGGCUGAAAUCAAAGAGCUGAGGAUGGCUCUGGAGCUGUUACAGACACGACAUGAGCGAGACAUCCUGGAAGUGAAAGAAGAACUGAGGGAGGAGAGAAACAAGCGAACGGCACUGCAGGAGGAAGUGCAAAGUCUGAGAAUGAAGCAUUAAUCCUGACGCAGACUGUGACUGGGCUGCCUGUCUGACACUGUGCCAUGCAGGCUCUCGUACUGCAAAUUUAAACAAUAUGAACAUUUUUCUGACUUGGAACGAGGAUGGAGGAGACGAGCAAGCUCUACGACUGCAGACACACAAGAGAGGGCUAAAUCAGAAAGUAUAGUUGGACAUAGGAUCAAACUCCUGCAUUGAACCAGAAAAACUUGAUCCUCAAAAAGACUUUUUAAUAAUGUAUUGUUGUUUGUUUUUUUUACAUAUUUGAAUGCUGGAAACAGGGUGGGAAAUUAACCUUUUUAAAAUGUGAACAUCUAUAAGCCUCUGACAUGAAAAUUCACAAGCGGCUCAAUAGUUAUUACUUAAAUUAUUUCAUAUUUUACCAGCAUUUGGCUCCUGACUACUGGUAAUUUCCCACCCUGGCUGGAAAUUACAAAUGGGUUAUUCUUGGUUGCAAAUUGUUUUACACUGUUCAUCUUUUUUUUUAUUAUUACCAUUUCUUUUAUCAUAAAAUUUACUGUAUGUAGCAUUUACAUAACUAAUGCCUCAACAGAACAUGUAUUAUAUGCAGCUGUACAUAGGAGGAAAUAUUAUGAGGUCUUUUGCAAAGACCUAAAAUGUAAUUUUAAGUCAUCCAGCCUGAAUGUUAAUACUACUGUCAAAAACAGGUGAUUUUCUACACCAGAAUGUAAUGCUGUACACGUCCACUGGGGGGCACUAUAUGAUAAUUCAACAUAAAGAGAAAUGCUGAACUUUUAAGUGAAUGCUGGAUACCGCCAAUCCAGCAUUUACUGAAAAGUUUAGUGACCUGGCACUAGUGACCUCACAUUAGAAAAACUCGCAAUAUAUUUUUAUUCAGAAGAGUAAAUGUGCUAAGAUUAAAGAUUUAAGAAAAUGUGCUGAUGUUAA